CGCGCUGAUAUAAGCCGCCGCACACGCACCACGCCGCAGUCCUAUCCGACGCGAGCGCUCCGUACGCAGACGAUUUAGUUUUAGGGCCUAUUCGGCAGCACCAACACCAUGCUACGUUCGUUGACGUUUUUCAUUCUUCUGGCAGCCGUGUCCGCGCAGAGUGGAUAUGAAUACAACAAACCUGGCCGGCCUUUUUCUCCUGGAAGCACCCCCAGCCCUUCUGGAUUCCCAGGAGGGCCGACCGGUACCUCGGGACCAGCUGGUCCUGGGCAAGGAUAUUUAGCACCUAACCAAGGAUACCCAGGCUCGACUGGGCAACCAUCGCAGCCAGGAUUCCCCGGGCGGACCCCGUCAGGACCGUCGUACCCUGGUCAAGGACCGUCAGCGCCCGGGUAUCCUGGUGGAACACCAUCCGGUCCGUCGUAUCCGGGUGGAUCACCCUCCGGGCCAUCGUAUCCUGGCCAAACACCAUCCGGUCCGUCCUACCCUGGACAAGGACCAACCACUAGCGGAACUCCGGGCCAAACAGGAACGAGUUAUUACGAUCAAGGCCAAAAUUACCCUGCGACUUCUGGAGGACCUGGAACAGGAUCAGGACAAAAUUAUCCAAUUCAAGGCAGUUCGCCUGGUGGCGGACCCGCCGGCCCCGGGCAGGGGCCGAGCUUCUUCGGACAACCCGGCGGACCCGGAGGACUGGCCCCCGGCGGCCCGGGUGACACCGGCGCCUAUGAGGGUGGUGACUACUCAGCUAUUCCUGGAGAGCCCGACAAGGACUAUCCCAUUUUAACUGAAAUCCCUAAAACAUCUUUCAAAUGUGACGCGCAACCUUAUCCUGGAUAUUAUGCUGACGUUGAAACCCGUUGCCAAGUAUUCCACAUUUGUGCCAAUAAAAUACAGUACGAUUUCCUCUGUCCCAACGGUACCAUCUUUUCUCAGGACGUGUUCGUGUGUGUCUGGUGGAAUCAGUUCGAUUGCAACUCUGCUCCUAGCCUCUACGAGAAAAACGCUAACUUGUUCGAUAACACGUCAGCUGGCUUUCGACCUGGAGGCGGCUUCCCGGGCCCCAAUGACUACCCACAAGGCAAUCUUGAUUACACUACUGGACCACAAGGACCUGGUACAGGACCACAAGGACCGGGUGCGGGUUAUCCGGGCAGCACAGGACCACAGGGACCUGGUGCAGGUUACCCGGGUAGCACAGGACCACAGGGACCUGGUGCAGGUUAUCCGGGCAGCACAGGACCACAGGGACCCGGUGCAGGUUAUCCCGGAAGCACAGGACCACAGGGACCCGGUGCUGGUUAUCCCGGUAGCACAGGACCAAAGGGACCCGGUGCAGGUUAUCCGGGCAGCGCAGGACCACAGGGACCCGGUGCAGGUUAUCCGGGAAGCACAGGGCCACAGGGACCCGGUGCAGGUUAUCCGGGAAGCACAGGACCACAGGGACCCGGUGCAGGUUAUCCCGGAAGCACACCACGCCUAGGACCGCAAGGACCGCAGGGACCGCAAGGUACUACCACAGGAUAUACUCCCACUGGAACCCAGGGUUACCCAGGAUCACAGGGCCCGUCGAACUAUCCAGGAUCAACUCCAGGAGGCAGCCAGGGCUACCCGUCUGGCAAACCUAGUGGCCCCAGCUUCCCCGGCGGCAGACCACAAUCCCCCACCGGUCCCUCGCCGACACCCAAUAGAGAAUACCUCCCGCCAGUUAAUUAUUAAUAAACUUAAGUACCACUUAAACUUAAGUAAUACUGUAUAAGACGAAGGAUGUUUCGUCAAAAUUGAAAAUUAAAUGCCAUAAAAGGUAUCUAAUGAAAGGAAACGAUUUACCAAAUUGUUAGUUAAUCCAGUGGAUGAGCGUACGAGCGAAAUUGUUGGUGCUGUCUGUUGUUAUAGGAAUAAAAAUUACGUAUUUAUUAGUGUUAAAUAAUGUUAAAUCUAGGUGUAAGUACCUGCUUUCUAUAUCUCUUAUUAUAAAUAAAUUCGCAUCAAGAAAUGAUAAUUGUAAUCAAUCAGAUAUAUAAUAUAUAACGGAAGUUACCAAAACUAGUACAAAAUAUAUUUUUUUGAUUAAUAAAGUAGAAUAUUUUAGCCAAGAUUGUAACCGUGUAAAUAAACCUAUAUGCAGUUAAUUAAAGUUAUUAUCGCAA